AUGAUUCGCAGGCACAACAACAACAAAGGCGGAGUCAUAACGCUUCGCAGGCAGCAGCGGCAGGCACAACAACAACAACAACCAAGGCAGAACCAUCCCGAUUGGCAGGCAGAGGCGGCAGGCACAACAACAAAAACAAAAAAGGCGGAACAUCACCCUGCGCAGGCAGUAGUUGGCAGGCACAACAACAACAAAGGCAGAACCAUCACGAUUCGCAGGCAGGGGCAGCAGGCAGAACAACAUCCAAGGCAGAACCAUAGCGCUUCGGAGGCAGUGGCGGCAGGCACAAAAUAA